AUGAUAAUUGUGUUGGUCACUAUCGUAGUUCUUCUAACAACUAUUUAUGUUUACUUCAAACGAGCAUAUUUUACGUCUCACGACUCUUUACCAGGCUUGUCACCGCAACUUUUAGUCGGUAACCUUGCUCAAACAGGAAUAACUAGAGGUAAACCACCGGCUGUGGUUUUCUUAGAAUGGCAAGACAAAUAUGGUGAUGUUUUUAAAUUUUGGUUUGGAUCAAUGCCUCUCAUAUUUGUGUGUGGAAUUCAAGAUGUUCAACAUAUAUUUACACAUCGACAGAUUUAUGAACAAGGCGAUUCACGUUUACAUAAACAAAAACUUUUAUUUCAUGAUGCUCUUCUCUGUAAUAUAGGAGCAAAACAUAAACGCCAUGCAGCUUUAACUGCACCUCUAUUUCGUCGAGCUAAAAUUUUAUCGUAUCUGGAUUUAAUUGUUAAUUGUACUGAUAAAUUACUUGGACAAUGGCGUUCAAAAUCUGAAGACCCUACAUAUGUACAUCUCGACAUUGUUACCAAAUGUCGAAAUCUUCUACUCGACAUUUUUGGUUUUAUUGCAUUCGAUUAUGAUCUUGAAUGUUUGGAUUCAAAUAACAUGACCGAACAAAAGAAGCUUACUCAAGCACUAAGCGACUUUUUGGAUAUUUUCGUUCGGGUUAUGCGUAUGCCUAUAUUUAUGAUAAAACUGUAUUUAGCAACUAGUUCUCGUUAUCGAAAAGCAAUAUUUACUAUACAUGAAUAUUUCAAUCAAAUGAUUGCACAAGAACAAAGAAAGACACCUGAACAGAUUGCCGAAAGAAAGAGAACAAGUCUUAUUGCAUCGCUUGUUGGAUCAUUGCAAGAAGACGAAAAAAGUGAAGCAGCAAAAUCAGAAGAAGAUAAAAGAGGGUUAUCUAGAAGUGAAGUCUUUGAUGAAAUGUUGCUCUUCUUAGUAGCUGGCUAUGAGACUACAGCAACUGCUAUAGCGUGGUUUAUACAUUUGAUGAGUAAACAUCCACAAGUUCAAACGAAAAUCAAAGCAGAAUUAGCACAAAAUACUCAACAUAAACUUUCAAUAGAUCAACUUGAUUGUCUUGUUUAUUUGGAUUGUGUUAUUGAAGAAGUACUUCGAUUUGUUCCGCCCGCAAGUGGUACUGCGCGAACAUUAACAAGAAAUGAUCAACUUCCUCAAAGCGGAAUAAAAUUGCACAAAGGAGAUCAAAUCAUGAUAGCUGCUUAUAAUUUGGCUCGAGAUAAAAGAUACUGGAAUAUUGAUCCUGACUUAUUCUACCCAGAACGUUUUCAAGGAGAAGACAAAAAUCAUCAUCCAUAUGCAUUAAUUUCAUUCGGUGGUGGUCAUCGACAAUGCAUGGGUCAAGAUUUAGCGAAAUUUGAAGUUAAAGUUAUUGCAGCUAGACUUAUGCAACAUGUUACAUUUGGAGAUGGUGGACCUGAAAUAAAUCAACGUGGAUAUGAACAAAAAUUAACGAUCGUACCUCGACAUCUAGGGGUUACAAUUACUUUCGACUAG